AUGGCUGUUCCAACUGCGAUCGGUGUAGCGGCAAUCGCUGUCCUUUAUGCAGGGAAAAUGUACUUUCAGGGUCCCAAAUGUAAAAGUAAAAGAAACCUAGACGGCAAGACUGUUGUUAUCACUGGUGGAAACAGUGGUAUCGGCAAAGAAACCGCAGUGGAUUUAGCCAGGCGAGGAGCAAGGGUCAUAAUCGGCUGCAGAAAUCUCCAAAAGGGCAAAGAAGCACUGAAAGAAAUUAAAGAACGAAGUGGAAACUCGAAUGUUUUCCUUGAGGAGUUAGACCUGGCUUCGUUAAAGUCUGUUCGCACGUUUGCCGACAAAAUUUUAAGCCUUGAAUCCCGCGUUGAUGUCCUCAUCAACAAUGCUGGGGUGCUGAUGUGCCCAUAUCAGAAGACAAAAGAUGGAUUUGAAAUGCAGUUUGGUACGAAUCAUCUUGGGCAUUUCCUGCUGACGAUGUUACUCCUUGACCGACUGAAGCGGUCACAGCCGAGUCGAAUCAUAAACGUGUCUUCGUACGCUCACAGGAUGGGAAGUGACAAGAUCAACUUCACAGACAUAAACUAUGAAAAAAGUUACGACAGAUGGGCCGCCUAUUAUAACAGCAAGCUUGCAAAUGUGUUAUUCACACGCGAGCUCAGUAAACGCCUGGAGGGUACCCAUGUGACUGUGAAUGCACUGCACCCGGGGGCUGUCAGUACCGAACUACAGCGCCAUAUGUUUUUCUCCAGUUUUUGGUUCUAUCCAAUCCGCUGGUACAUGUUCAAGACCGCAGAACAGGGAGCUCAAACUUCCAUCUACUGUGCAGUCUCUGAAGAAAUGGAUGGAGUUAGUGGAAAAUACCUGUGUGAUUGCCGCAUUGUGGAGCCAUCCAAGGGUGCCCAAGAUGAUGAUGCAGCCAAGAAGCUGUGGGAUCUGAGCAUUAAGAUGGUUGGUUUGCAAAAAUAA